CAUCCACAUCCCCAACUAAUAUCUAUACUCACUACCACAAAAAAGAAUCAACAAUGUCCCCCGAACAAGCCGUAAUAGUCAUCGGCUCCGGCCUAGCCGGCCUCAGCGCAACAACACAACUAAUCGCGCAACGCAUCCCGGUAAUCAUGCUCGACCGGGCCGCGAAACCCGGCGGAAACAGCAUAAAAGCCUCAUCCGGAAUCAACGGCGCGCCAACACGUUUUCAAUUCGCAGCCCAGACACAUCAACACCAACAACAAACCCCCGACACGCCCGAGCUCUUCCUAACCGACACGCUCCGCUCCGCCGGCCGCCCGCUUACCACCUCCGCACCCGACGAGCGCACCCGCCGCGAGACGCUGAUUUCCACACUGGUCAGCUCAUCCGCGGACGCGGUGCACUGGCUUUCAGACGAGCAGGGCGUGGAUCUGAGCACGGUGGCGCAGCUGGGGGGGCACAGUCGGGCGCGCACGCACCGCGGCGGCGCCGGCCAGAAGCCGCCUGGUUAUGCGAUUGUCAGCGCGCUGCUCGAGUCGUUGAAUCGGGAGCCGUUGUUCCAGUUGCGGACAGGCGCGAGGGUCACGAAGGUUGUCGUUCCGACGGGGGCCACCGGCAAUGAACCGCAGAUGCUGGGCGUUGAGGUCGACGCUGGGCGGGAGGAUAAUCGCACCGAGACGCUAUACGGUCCGCUUGUGUUCGCGACGGGCGGGUUCGCGGGCGAUACGCACGGCUUGCUGGAGAAAUAUCGCCCGGAUCUUGCGGGGAUCCCGUCUACGAAUGAGGCGAGAGAGGGAACGCAGCCUUUGCUGCAGGAGGUUGGCGCUGCGGUCGUUGAUAUGGAGCAGGUCCAGGUGCAUCCGACUGGGUUUGUGGACUCCAAGGAUCUGGGCGCCCCGGUAAAGUUUCUAGCGGCUGAGGCGUUGAGGGGCGAAGGCGGGGUUUUGGUGGUUGGGGAGGGAGAGAGGUUUGUUGACGAGCUGGGCACGCGCGAGAAGGUCUCCGGUGCUGUUAUGGAGCGCGCCGCACAGCUUACAGGGACGAAUCUGCGCCAGUGGGAUGUCACCCUCCUGCUUGAUGAGGGCGCCGCCGCCGCUGCGAAGUCGCAUCUUGAUUUCUACCUGUGGAAGGGCCUUAUGCGCAAGACUACCGUUGGGGAGCUGGCGCUCCCUGCGCUAAUGGAUACGCUUCAGCGGUAUGCUGAUGUGGUUGCGGGGAAGAGGUCGGAUGAGUUGGGACGGACUUCUUUCGGGAAUUGGACGCUCCAGGAUGUGACGCCCGAGUCGGUUGUCUAUGUUGGUAGGGUCACGCCCGUUGUCCAUUUCACUAUGGGCGGCGUUGUGAUCGACGAGCGCAGCCGGGUGCUGGAUACCAAUGGUGUACCUAUCAAGGGCCUCUGGGCUGCAGGCGAGGUCACCGGCGGCCUUCAUGGGCAGAACCGUCUAGGCGGUUCGUCCCUUCUGGAGUGUGUGGUCUUUGGCAGGAUUGCCGGCGAAAAUGCUGCUGCCUUUCAUCGAGAGAACUAGUUAACCUGAGAAGUGGGGGAAAGACUGGGACUGGGACUGGGACUGGAACGUUUGUUCAUGGAGGCGCUCGUUUGUCUGGGCUCAUUCAUCUCGACUGUGUAUGUGUAAUAGUGGAGUGUCUUAAUGGACUACGAUCAAGUUUUCUCGGGCCCGUAAACUUUGACCACCUUGUCGCAAGACUAAGAGGCAGCCAGUUUUAUACGAGGGUGAUGCAAGAUUUGAGUCAUCCAUGGUCUGCUGGGUUAUCUGCCUGUCGCAUGAUCCCCUGAGCCGGUGUCUGUUUAUGAAGAUCAUAGGAGAAGGAACAGAGCUGCCCAAGGCCAAGGAACAAGACAUAUGGUUAUUAGGCCCUGCCGGUAUCUUUUCAGUAAAG